AUGGCUGCUACGAACAUCCGCUUAAAGGAACCCUCCUUGCUGCGAUUCAAUGUCACAGACCCGGCAAACGGAGACAUUAUCGGAUCUUGUCCUGCAUCUGACUCCAAGGACACACAAAAGGCCAUUGAUACUGCGGCCGCUGCACUUCCUGCAUGGCGUUUCCGCACUGGUCGUAACCGUGGUCGGCUUCUGCGUCGAUGGUAUGAGUUGAUCAUGGAGAACCAACAGGAUCUGGCCACGCUCAUCACUUUGGAAAACGGCAAGGCCAAAGCAGAUGCCGCUGGUGAGAUUCUCUUUGCCACCAGCUUCCUUGAAUGGUUCUCGGAAGAGGCUGCACGGGUCUAUGGCGAUGGCGAUGCCAUUCCACAUAGCCAGCCUAAUUUCAGGGUUUCCGUUUUGAAAGAGUCCGUCGACGUAUGCGGCCUCAUCACACCAUGGAACUUUCCUGCUGCCAUGAUCACUAGGAAACUUGGUCCCGCAUUAGCGGCUGGUUGUACAGUAGUCGUCAAGACCGCAGGUGAAACAUCUUUUACUGCUAAUGCCUUGAUCAAACUCAGUGAGCGGCCAGGAAUACCUGCCGGUGUUAUUAAUAGCGUAAAUGCGCUGGAGAACACUGCCGAUAUCGGACAGGCGUUGUGCUCGUCUGAAACUGUUCGCAAAUUCUCCUUCACUGGUUUCACUCGAAUCGGGAAGCUUCUCAUGCAACAAUCGAGCAACUCAUUCAAGAAACUGGGCCUGGAGCUUGGUGGUAAUGCUCCAUUCAUUGUAUUCCAGGAUGCCGAUCUCGAUCUGGCCGUGGACGCCGCAAUUGCAAGCAAGUUCAAGUCUUCGGGACAGACAUGCGUGUGCUCCAACCGGAUCUAUGUUCAGAAAGGCAUUUAUACAGAGUUUAUUCAACGACUCAAGAAUGCGGUUAUCCAGUUUCGUGUUGGAAAUGGCUUCGAUGAGAAAACGAUUCAUGGUCUUUUGAUUCAUUCUGCGGCAGUGGAAAGGGUUGCUGGUCUUGUCGAUGACGCUGUCAAGUGGCGCGCGAAGGUGGAAAUUGGCGGGAAGAGAAGGGCUGAGCUGGGAGCGAACUUUUUUGGACCCACCAUCAUCACUGGUGUCAUUCCAGCUAUGCGGUUGGUGAAUGAGGAGAUUUUCAAUCCAGUGGCGCCGAUCUUCUGCUUUGAGACGGAAGAUGAGGUUGUCGCAAGUUCCAACGCGUGUGAUGUAGGGUUGGCAGCGUAUAUCUUCACCCAAGAUGUUACCCGACUCAACCGCGUUUCAGAACUUCUGCAGUUUGGCAUGAUGGCUAUCAAUACAGGUGUUAUAUCUGAUGCUGCUAGUCCGUUUAGCGGUAUCAAGCACUCUGGAAUGGGUCGUGAAGGAAGCAAAUACGGGAUUGAUGACUACCUUCAGACAAAGACAGUUGUCAUUGGAAAUGUGAGAAUAGUCCACAAGUCUUCCUUAUAG